AUGUCGGCUCCCAGAUCCCCGUACCGCCAGACCUAUCGUCAGUCGACCGGUUCACGGCGGCGAGAACCAACCCACCCCAUCGUCCCGCCCGAGAAGACACGCACUUCGGGCUACUCGGCCCGCGGGGAGCUACCAGUCCACAACGCCCGCCAUCACCGAGCCCCGCCCCCGGGAAGCAAGAUCAAAGUCAGGCCUUCUGGCGAAAGCGGCCGCAGAGGCUUCCAUCCCCUCAAGUUCCUAAAGAUAAUCUGGAAAUCCUCGAGUUGGGCAUCGCUUCUUUGCAACGUCUUCUGGCCCGUCGUCCCCGCCGCCUUUGUCAUUCGAUACACCCGCCCCAGCGACCAUGUCCUAAUCUUCGUUCUCACUUACAUGGCCAUGAUUCCCUGUGCCAACCUGGUCGGUUUCGCGGGUCAGGAGCUGUCCCGCAAGGUGAGCCACGUGUUUGGCGUGUUGAUCGAGACGACCUUCGGGUCCAUCGUCGAAAUCAUCCUCUUCAUGGUGCUUCUGGCAGGCGACCAGUUCACCGUUAUCAAAGCCGCCAUUCUGGGCUCGAUAUUGGCGACGAUGCUGCUGUGCCUGGGGAUGUGCUUUAUUGCUGGCGGCUUGCGACGAGAUGAGGCCGAGUUCAGUGAAACGGUCAGUGAGGCCGGCAGCGGCCUGCUGCUCACGGCAGGUGUCGCCUUGGCCAUCCCCGCCAUCUUUAGCUACUCCAUGGCCAAGUCGCUCACGGUCGAGGAGCUCGACAGCAAGACGCUCCACAUCUCGCGCAUCGUCUCCGUCCUGCUCAUGAUAGCCUACGGCGUCUUCGUGUGGUUCCAGGCACGGACGCACCACGGCAUCUAUGAUGCCAUCUUCGAGCACGACGAGCAGCGCGACCACGAUAAGCGCAAAGAUAUCAACAAGCCUAAGCUGACGCUGACCGAGUGCAUCAUCGCCCUCGUCAUCUCUAUCCCGCUCGUAACCUUCAUGGCCAUCUACCUCGUCGAGCAGAUCCACCCCAUCGUCCUGAGGCAUGGCAUCUCGGACCACUUCAUGGGCCUCAUCCUCGUGCCCCUCGUCGAGAAGGCUGCCGAGCACCUGACGGCCGUCGACGAGGCGUGGGACAACCAGAUGAAUUUCGCUCUCUCCCACGUCCUGGGCGCCACGCUGCAGACGGCCCUACUCAACGGCCCGCUCGUUGUCCUCGUCGCCUGGGGCCUGCACAAGCACAUGGACAUGGUCUUCGAGGUCUUUGACAUCAGCAUGCUCAUCCUGUCCAUACUGACGGUUGGGAACUUCCUGCGCGACCAGAAGAGCAACUACCUGGAGGGCUUCCUCUGCGUCAUCGUCUACCUCGCCAUUGCAGUUGCGGCCUUUUACUACCCCAACCCGCCAGGUCUCGGUGCGCACUGA